UAGGAGGAAGCCGUCAGUCGCAGAGCGAGCGGUCCCUUUAAGAAGCGGCCGCGGCUUUGGGGCGCUGUGUCUUUAAAAGGCUGUAUCCUGGCGCCUGGCUCCUGGAGAAGGGGAUGGCCAUUGUUUCGCUCCGGGUUUCCCCCGCGUCCCUCCUGCUCUGAUUAGUGCAGCCGCGCGGGGGGAAAGGCAGGCAAGGCAAGAUGGCUGAGAUGGGCAAGGGAGUCACCGCGGGGAAAAUAGCCAGCAACAUGCAGAAGAAACUCACCCGAGCCCAGGAGAAGGUCUUGCAGAAGCUCGGCAAAGCGGAUGAAACAAAAGACGAGCAGUUUGAGCAGUGCGUGCAGAACUUCAACAAACAGCUGACAGAAGGCAGCAAGCUGCAGAAGGAUCUCCGAACUUACCUGGCUUCCGUAAAAGCAAUGCACGAGGCCUCCAAGAAGCUGACGGAAUGCUUGCAGGAAGUGUAUGAGCCGGAAUGGCCUGGGAGAGACGAUACCAACAAAAUAGCUGAGAACAAUGACCUGCUCUGGGUGGAUUUCCAUCAGAAGCUUGUGGAUCAGGCCCUUCUAACCAUGGACACUUACCUUGGCCAAUUCCCGGACAUCAAAUCUCGGAUCGCUAAGCGAGGGAGGAAGCUUGUGGAUUACGACAGCGCCAGACACCAUUUUGAAUCCCUACAAACCGCAAAGAAGAAAGACGACACCAAAAUCGCCAAGCCUGUCUCGCUGCUUGAGAAAGCUGCGCCUCAGUGGUGCCAAGGAAAACUACAAGCUCAUCUCGUUGCUCAAACUAAUCUGCUCCGAAAUCAGGCCGAAGAAGAGCUGGUGAAAGCUCAGAAGGUGUUUGAGGAGAUGAACCUCGAUCUGCAAGAGGAGCUGCCUUCGCUAUGGAAUAGUCGUGUUGGUUUCUAUGUCAACACAUUCCAGAGUAUAGCGGGCCUAGAAGAGAACUUCCAUAAAGAAAUGAGCAAGUUGAACCAAAACCUCAACGAUGUCCUGAUGAACCUAGACAAGCAGUACUCGAGCAACGCCUUCCCCAUUAAAGCACAGCCGAGAAAGAAAACUAAACUGUUCUCCAAGCUGAGGAAGAAGAUGAGCAGCGACAGUGCCCCUGCGAAAGCAAACAAAAGCCCCUCGCCUCCACCCGAUGGGACCCCCAUCACCAGCCCCGAGAUCAAGACCGUCAACCAUGAGCUGGAACCGUCCUCGUUGGAAACACCCGGGGCUGGCAUCCCUAAGUCGCCGUCUCAGUUGCGGAAAGGCCCUCCGGUGCCGCCACCUCCAAAGCACACCCCCUCCAAGGAGAUCAAGCACGAGAACAUCAUCAGUCUGUUUGAUGACAAUUUUGUCCCCGAGAUAAGCGUGACCACCCCCUCGCAGUUUGAUGCCCCUGGGCCCUUCCAGGAGGGAGCCAGCCUGUUGGAUCUGGAUUUUGAUCCCAUUAAACCAGAUGCCAGCCCUGUGGGGAAGACACCCACACCUGCCACUCAGUCUUUACCUUGGGAUUUAUGGGAGCCUGAAAAGACUUCCUCGAGCAGCAUGCAGUCCGUGGAUCCGUGUCUUGCUGACAACCCUAGUGAUAGCACAUUUGCUGUGGACUGGCCCAGCCAGUCCACAGAGACCCAGCCAACCCAACCAGCAGAAACCGCUCCUGCCAGUGCCGAGCCAGCUGGGAAUGAAGCACCUCCUGCUAGUGCCGAAGCAUCUGGGACAGAAGCCGCAGCUGGAGCUGAAGCACCUAAACCAGAAACUGACUCAGGAUCUGCUCCUAGUUCCCUGCCUGCUGUUGUCGUGGAGACGUUCCCAGCCACCGUCAACGGCACCGAGGAGGGCAGCGCCCCCUCUGAAAGGGCCGACAUGCCCCCGGGUUUCCUGUUUAAGGUUCAGGCCAUGCAUGACUAUGUGGCCACGGACAGCGACGAGCUGCCGCUGAAGGCUGGGGACGUGGUGCUGGUGAUUCCGUUCGACAACCCGGAUGAGCAGGAUGAAGGAUGGCUGAUGGGCGUGAAAGAGGCUGACUGGCUCCAGCAUAAGGAACUUGAUCAAAGUCGGGGGGUUUUCCCGGAGAAUUUCACAGAGCGGGUGCAGUGAGAGCCCGGAGCUGCCAGCUGAUUUUUCUGCCAGAAGAAAGCAAGUUUUCCGGGAGGUGUUUUAAAAACAAAAGAAAAGAGAAUUUUAAAGGAACAUGAGCCUAAAAAAAUGUGUCAGCUUAAAGGUUGGAUUCUUCUUAAAGAGCAAGGUUUUAGCAGUAAAAUGAAUUCAAAAGUGUUAUUAAAAUAUAUACAUAAUAAUAAGACAGGUCAAAUGCCCCUUUCCCACUUUGAUUUGACAGCAUUUGAACUCCAAGUCUGAUGCAGAAGUGGCUUAGUGUGGUACCUGUAAAUGCUGUGUUGGCUGAAUUUUGGGGAUGUCAGUCUGAUACCCGAACAGGAAAGAGCUAAGGCCUAGAUCUUCAAAGACUCCUAACUGCCACUGAAAUCAAUUGAAGUUAGGAUCCUAAAUACCUUUGAGGAUCUGAGCCCAGCUGUCCCAUGCUCUGAGCCUAGAAGUAAAGAUACCCAUGGGUUCAGCUGUUUUGUGCUGGCGUGGCAUCCCUAAAGUUUCAGGCACUGCCCAUGUUACGACCUAUGAUAGGCCAAACGUCCUGUUCUGCUGUUGAAAAGACCUAUUUAGUGUACAGUGUUCACCAAUAUGAUGUGUGUGCGCGUGUGUGUGUUUUGUUUUCUUCCUUUGAAGAUGUAACACGAACUGUGAUUUUAUACGUUUAAAAGCAAACACAAAAAGUUAUCAGGAAGAGCACAUAUCGGAGUGAAAUGGGUGUAGCUGGGCUCGGUCCAAAAUUCCUCCAGAUCUCGGAGCUGGACGAUCGCAGCAGCACACGCCGCCCCUGGAAAUGUUCUUGAGGGAAAAUUGGGAAACUGACAAAUUAAAAAAGAAAAAAAUCUGAAACUUUGGAUUUGUUUAAACUAGUUGUGAAAUAAUAAUAAUAAUUAAUAAAAAAGCCUGUUAAUAAAGUGGAAAAGUUUAGUCACGUAGGCAGGGAUGGACUUGCAAUCUGGCUGUUUAGAAAGUGCAGUUUUAAGGAAGAGGGUGGGGGAAAAGAAAUGGUGAGACAGAAUAUCUGAGACAUACCACUGAGAAAACAACUCUGCUUUCUGUGUUUCCGGUUGUGCGGUUAUUUUUAUUUUCCUUUCUUGAACUCUGCACAUGAAGUAUCAUUAGACCUGCUUCCUCCAAUCCUGUGCUGGUGAACAAGUUGAAGUUAGAGAAAAGUGAACUGUUUGACUACUUAUUUAAAAUUGCUGCAUGACUUUAUUAUAUUGUGACGAGUUAGAAGACGCGGGACUAUCACAACGUUGACGUGGGGACGAUACUCCAGGUCCUAAUACUGACACUGGCCUUUCCCACAAUUCUUUGCUCCUGUUUGGUUCUGGGAGUUUGAAACUCCCCUGCAGCCUGCUUGCUUAAAAUAAAACAAAGUGGGUCUUACA